AAUUCCAUGGAGGUCCAGGAUGAAGACGCGCGUGAGGAUGAAUUUCCCGCUCUAUCGCGAGAGUAGCCCCUCCCACUGACGCACGCGCUGACAGUCAUGUGGAGCCUGUGGAAGCUCACUGCGCAUGUCAGCGUUCGCACGGACGGGAGAAAGGCACAUCGGGGGCUACAGCAGGACAAAAGUGGGCAAAUAAACGGACUUUAGGUCGUGUUCGGAGCGUCGAGCGGCCGGGUUCGGACCCCACACCGCCUCCUUAGAGCCCCGUUUGGACGAACCCGUUCGGAAACGGACGAGUGUUAAUCUGGAUUAAAAGUUGGAAAUAACGACCUGAAAAUGGUCUGAAGAUGGAAGGACCUGCAGAUCUUCAGGCUGUCGACUCUCACAAGGAGGAAGAAGCUCCUAAGUGUUCAGUUUGAGUCACAAAUCUGUCCAAAUCACACUAGUUUUAGUUUGGAAGUGGCGGCAGGUGGCUGCGAAAACUACAAGCUCCUCUCUUCCAGGAGGGUGAGGGGUUGCCAUGGUUACCGUUGUUGUGCUACCGACGUUAGCGUCCUGAAGUGGUAGUGGUUGUGGCGGUUGGGGUGGAGCUGGAUGAGGAGGAGGGCGCGCGGGAAUGGGAAGUGCUCCGUACCCUGCCGGUGAGUGGAGGGAGAAAGGGCGCGGCGGCCUGCAGGAGCUGGGCUGCAUGCCGUGGAAGGUCAACAAGCAGAAAGGAGGAGGAGGAGAAGGAGUGGGAGCAGAGAGGAGGCAAUCCAGGGACGUCCAGCAGCAGCAGCAGGACCUCUCAUCCUCCUCUUCCUCACUCACGCCCCCCGCUGCUCCCCGACCGUCUCUCGCACCGCCGGCGAUUUAUCACGAGAAGCAGCGUAGAGAGCUGUGCGCUCUGCACGCGCUCAAUAACGUCUUCCAGGACGGGACGGCCUUCAGUCGGGACGCCCUGCAGGAGAUAUACCAAAGGCUUUCUCCCAGCACCAUGGUGACGCCUCACAAAAAGAGCAUGCUGGGAAACGGGAACUAUGACGUGAACGUCAUCAUGGCCGCCCUGCAGACUCGAGGGUUCGAGGCCGUUUGGUGGGAUAAAAGAAGGGACGUGGGCAGCAUCGAGCUGUCCAACGUGGAAGGCUUCAUCCUGAACGUGCCGUCCAACCUCCGCUGGGGGCCGCUCCGCCUGCCGCUCAAGCGCCAGCACUGGAUCGGGGUCAGGGAGGUGGGCGGAGUCUACUACAACCUGGACUCCAAGUUACGCAGCCCUCAACCCAUCGGAAGCCCGGACGAGCUCAGGAAGUUUCUGCGCCAGCAGCUGCGAGGGAAAAACUGUGAACUCCUGCUGGUCGUCUCCGAGGAGGUGGAGGCGCACCAGACGUGGCGGUCCGACGGAUGAGGAGGGCGGCCAAAUGCAUGAACACACGCCCCCCUCCCUCACAGUUUACAGCUCCGCCCCCGCAUCAGAGCGAUGAAGGAGGACGGCACAGAGGAGACCUUUGACCUCCGGCUGUUUUUAUACGUCUGGAUGCGCGUCGCCUCGUUUUCCGACGCCUUCACCUUCCUCACAUCACGUCCUCGUCAUAUCACAGGUCAAAAGAGACGCCAACUUUGUACUCCUGGGUGCCGGGGCGGGGCGGUGACCCCCACCCGCAGGAGAGUCUGUGCGACUGUAGUUUUAUACGGCAACACAGCAAUGCAACACUCUGCCAAGUGCUCCCUCUAGUGGACGUUUGUGAGACUCGCUCAGGCUCCUCGUUUGUAACACGACCAAUCAAACGUCCUCUCAUCCAAACGUGCAGGUCAAGGAGAGAAGCUCAGAAAACUGAGAAUCUGACUGAUUGGUUUGUUUGUUCUUUUCUGAUUUACCUUCAAUUGGACGUCCCGUUUAGUGAUGGAAAACCAAACUUUCUCCUGGUUUCUGGUUGAUCUGAUUAAUGUGUUUGGGUGAAAGCUGGGAUUUACCAGCUAAAGGGAACUGAUGUUGUGGAGCUUCAGCGUGAGCCGAGGAGGAGAUCUGUAGGAAAUGGGAGGUUUGUCAGUUUGCAGUUCAGUGAAACGGUGAACCGAUUCACUUCAUUUUAGGGUGCAGAAAAGCUUCAUUUUGAUCAAAUUUGUCGUUUUCCAGUAAAAAAGAAAAAUCAGAUAAAAAGUCAUUUUUCUGUUGUUUGAAACCCAAAUCCACGAGGCAGAAAUGAAUAUUUUUUUAUUUGGUCUCCUCCUUCUAAAAUUGUUUUAGAUUCCUGACGGUUGAUUUACCCGCAGACACUCUUCCUGUUGUUUGUUUACUUCCUCCUUCUCCCAAACGCCGUCUGUGACUCAGCAGACGUCUGACCCCGUCCUGUAGGAGGAGAUCUUCUUCGGCCACACAAAUGAGACAGAAAACUGAUGGAGACGCUUCAGAAAGUUUGUUGGAGGAACGAUCCAACUUCCUGAAACCACCUUAAGAGAUUCAUCAACAAUAAAAUACUUGUUUACAUAGAAAAAGUGAUCAGAAACAUAAAAAAAAAGCACCACUACGUCAAAAUGAUGUUUUUAUUUUAUUGCCAAGGAGUUUGUUACAGAAGCAGAAAGUGAAACUCUGCCAGUGUCUUAUUUUGAAGGAGCGUCUGUAUGCUCCAGCUCCUUCUGUUAUUAUCACAUUUGUACCAAGUGAACAAUCAGAAGUUUUUCUUUUUAUUAUUAUGAUUAAUUUCAGUCCAAUUUCAUGACCAGCUGCAUUUGUUGUUUCUUUAAUCGUUGCCAUGACAAUCUUCUCAGUCCUCCUUAAGGGAUUUCACUGUACUUUUCCUUUUUUCAUAAAAAUAAAAGCAUUCAUAAUGGCACUUUAUGUACAA